CCAUGAAAAUCACACUUUCACUCUCUCCUUUAAUCCUGUUCCUGUUCUUCUCCCUAGUUCAAGGGCUCAACCCCAAAUGUGACACUCAGGAUCAUGGCUCAACCCUCCAAGUGUUCCAUAUCUUUAGCCCAUGUUCCCCAUUUAAGCCAUCAAAGCCACUUUCGUGGGAAGAGAGUGUCCUACAAUUGCAAGCCAAGGACCAAGCCAGGCUUCAGUUCCUGUCUAGCUUGGUGGCUGGAAGAUCAAUUGUACCAAUUGCCUCAGGCAGACAAAUCAUACAGAGCCCAACUUAUAUUGUGAGAGCCAAAAUAGGUACCCCACCUCAGACAUUGCUCUUAGCCAUGGACACUAGCAAUGAUGCUGCUUGGGUACCUUGCUCUGGAUGUGAUGGUUGCUCAUCAACCUUGUUUGCUCCUGAUAAAUCCACCACAUUCAAGAAUGUUAGCUGUGGUGCUGCUGAGUGCAAACAGGUACCCAACCCCAGUUGCGGUGGCAGCGCGUGCACAUUCAACCUAACAUAUGGUAGCUCAUCCAUAAUGGCUAACCUGGUCCAAGACACAAUUACCCUAGCCACUGACCCAGUUCCUGGCUACAGCUUUGGCUGUGUUGCAAAGAGCACUGGGAACUCUGCGCCACCACAGGGGCUAUUGGGCUUAGGCAGAGGCCCAUUAUCACUAUUAUCCCAGACCCAAAAUCUCUAUCAGUCUACAUUCUCUUAUUGCUUACCAAGCUUCAAAUCCCUUAACUUCUCUGGGUCACUAAGACUUGGGCCUGUUGCCCAGCCCAAGAGGAUCAAGUUCACCCCACUUCUCAAGAACCCUAGAAGAUCAUCACUCUACUAUGUUAACUUGGUUGCUGUUAGGGUUGGCCGGAGAGUUGUUGUUAUCCCUCCGGAGGCAUUGGCAUUCAAUCCCACCACCGGUGCAGGAACCAUCUUUGAUUCUGGUACGGUGUUCACCCGGUUAGUUGCACCGGCCUACGUGGCAAUCCGAGACGAGUUCCGGCGAAGAGUUGGAGUAAACCUAACGGUGACAACCCUAGGAGGGUUUGACACAUGCUACACAGUCCCAAUAGUAGCACCCACAAUAACAUUCAUGUUCUCAGGCAUGAAUGUGACGCUACCCCAAGACAACAUCCUCAUACAUAGCACUGCCGGCAGCACCACAUGUUUGGCCAUGGCGGGUGCACCAGAUAAUGUGAACUCAGUGCUGAAUGUGAUAGCCAACAUGCAGCAACAAAACCACCGUGUGCUCUACGACGUGCCCAACUCAAGGCUUGGCGUUUCUCGUGAACUAUGCACUUAA